CGGAGUUCGGUUUCUGUUUCACAUUGCACCCGGUUGUGGGAUGUCGUCGAUCGUGUAUUUUAAGUUCAAAGCAAAUGUGAAAACAGACUCUGUUUCGUUUGAUGGAUCUUCUAUUUCUGUGAAAGAUCUUAAAAAUGCCAUUCGAACGAAGUGUUGUUUGUAUUCGACUGAUUUUGAUCUCAAACUAGAAGACACUAAUGGGAAAGUCUAUUCCAAAGAUGAUGAAUUGAUUCCGAAGUACUCAAGUAUUGUGGUGCGACGUGUCCCACGUUUAGUUGCAGAAAUUCAAAAAAAGAAACAAAUGGGUCCAGAUGAUGUAACGUGGAGAGAGUUGCAAAAGAAUGUAAGUUGUUUUUCUAAGAUUAUUUUCUGUCGUUUUGGUCAUAACAGUAUGAGGUUGAUCGCUGACUUACUGGUUCCUAGGAAGUUUGUGUAGUCAUAGAUAUUUUCAUACUACUGUGUAGGUAUCCUUGCGAGUCUUAUCACUGGUAAAAUAUGUUUUACUUUGGUUGACUAAGGUUUUGAUCAUAAGAAUUUUCAAGGUACUCUCAGAUUUUCCAGUCUAGAAAUUUGUCGGUAAUCUGGAAGGUUAAUUAACUGUUGUGUUUAAUGUGUCAGUAUAAAUUAGGUUCCCUCUACCUUCUAUUUUUUGGUCUGAAGUGAAGUCAUUAGGUAUUAGCCAACCUUAUCCGAUUUGAAUACAGUUUGUGCGGCAACAGUCUAAUUUUCCAAUCACAAAGUGUCCUGAGAUCAUUGUAACUAACCUAAAAAUCUAUCUUAAUUAGUAGUGGGUUUCAUACACCAGUCUGGGUGCCAACUGUUAGGAGGUUGGAGUGUUGACUUUCGGUGGAGUCAAUUUGUUCGAUUUUGUUUCCGAAAUUACGGACUAUUAACACUGAUUUAUCUGUAUGCAGUCCAUGUAAUGUUAUUUUCAAAUAAAAUAUUGCUAUUAUCAUUGUUAUUGUUGUAUUGUAACGUUUUGCAGUUAAAAGUUCACGGAUCUUCAUGUAAUUUUUUCUGCAGUCAAUCAAACUCGAGUUUCUUAUAGUUAAUCAAAUAGGUCUCGAAAAGUCUUGUAAAAAUCUCAUUCUUCGAUACUUCAUUAAUUCCUGUUUUGUGUUUCGGCAAACCACAAAAUUGUUACUAGAUGUCCUGUGUUUUGUAAUACGGAUAUUUCGUCUCGCUCUACGGCAGCUUAGGUCAACGCACAUAUGUACUAUGCUCUAUGUUGGUAUCGACUGAUAGUUAUGUGCAUCCAGGGUUAUGUAUUAGUGUGAAUUCAAAAUGCUUGUUAUCUUGUGGAUAUCAUCAUAGCACUACCGGACGAUUACUUGUUCGUAGUGUACCGAUUUUUAAUCGUUCAGAAUUGUUUCUUAAAACUGACCCACUGACGCAUAGCUUUUGUCUCACUCUGCAUUACAUUUUAACUUUUUAAAUAGCCAUUGCAGAGUUUCUCUGUUCUCAACUCUCGUAUGUACUUGCUGUUCGUCAUAUCCCUAAACUUAUUCUCUAAGUAACUUUUCCAUUACAUGGUUUGAUAUCUACCGGAUGAUUCAUUUUGACUUAUGUGAUCCAAAAUUUAGUAUAUUGCUUCACUUUCUAAAUAAACAAACCCUUAAUUGGUAUAACUAAAAUUAGUUAAGUCUAUUACACGUUAUCUCAGUAUACACGUACGUAUCUUAUUCCAUUGUUUAUAUUUUACUUAGGUUUCACUACCGAAUUAAAGAAAUAAGUCUGUUUAGUUGGUGAACGUAGUAAAUUUUGUGGUUGUUUGUAGAACAGUGUAUUAGAUCGUGCUCAUAAAAUAAUUGUGGGGUUUAUGUUAAUAAGCUUCACCACAGUUUCACCUGCUCAUACGAUUAAUCCAUUUACUGUAAUUGAUAUGUCGAUCAAUUACAUGGGAUUCGUAAUAAAGCUAGAUUGAUAUUUUAAAUCUUACUGACUCAAUGGUAUAUCCGGUUAGCCUGAGCUAUGCGAUCGAACCGGUGAGGGAAAAUCUAAGUAAUAGGAUAAAUGUCAGGUUCGCCUCAUAACUAUAAGACCCAAAGGAUGAUUUGCUGUUAUCAAGGCUGAUAUUUUUCAGCUGUCGAGAUUCCGCAUUACUUUAAUAGGUCUUUAUUAUUAUUUAAACACAAACAUUUGUACAAGGAGGCCUCAUCUAGAUAUGCGCCACAUAAAUCAUUCGAUUCGUGUGAGGACUUGGAAACUGCUCGGGUGCCCAGAUCGAAGCAGGUCUUUAUGUAGAACAAAAUAGUUUUCGUUCUCCCGAGUUAUUUAUUACAACUGAUGUAUUAUGCUACAACAUUAGAUCUAAAGUCACUGGUUUGGCAUAGACGUUUUCCAAUCCGAAUAGCAGACGAGCGGGUAGACAACAAAGAAGGGGCUGUACUGUACAACGAAACUUUGUUUUUACCGUGUGUAGGAAGGAACAAAGUGCAUCACAGAUGCCUACUAAAAAAUUGUUGUGUGCGUUAUAAACUUUGAAUAGUCAGUAUUAUUAUUCGGCAUAACGUGGGACACAAGAAAAUCCAAUGGACAAGAUCAUGAGAUUGUAUGGACUGAUAUACUUUAAUCAUCCUUACAUUUAGAUAAAACUGCGACAUAGCCGGACCUGCAGUGUUACCUGGAUUUAACUUAAUGGACCAUGUAUUAGUCUGAUCAAACUAAAACGUAAUAUGUACACGGUCAGUGUCGGUCUGUGCAAUGCAGUUGAGUAUAACUUCCCGCCUUAAAACUCACUUGACGAUCUAAGACUAACUGACCAAUAUGGUAUUAUGAGCCUGUUCACUCUAGGUUUCAAGUCCCGUUUUGUAGAUACACUAAUUGUGGAAAAUGUAACUGGUAUGCAAGUUACAUUCGUAGCCCUUCAUAUAUACAGUCAGAAAUCUAAGUUGUAAAAAAUUAGGAAAAACCCAAUCCCAACUGGAGGGUAGAGAAAGAAGAUAAUAGAACAUCAUUAACUUAAUUUACUAAAGUGAAGUAUGUUUGAAGUUAAUUACGGACUUCCAGAUAUUUUAUUAAUUCUUAGUAAUCCGGUAGAGUUAUAUUUUGUACACAAGAUAACUAACAAGACGGAAAUCAGUAUCCUGUGGUAGCUAACUACACUAAAAAGUUUGGUCUUACCACAGUUCCGACUUACGAUGUUUAUCUUCCGUAGUAGUAGUAGUAGUAGCGGCCUUUGUAUCUGAUUAAAACACUAACUGAGCAACUAAUCUUUAUCUGCUUUCAGUUAAUAAAUUAGUAUAUCAGGCACGCAGUGGGACUAGGAAAUGCGAGGAAGGUCGGCGUUCAUGAAAAGUUUAAUUGGCUAGUGCUAACCUGGACCGUCUUUGUAAUAAUAUGACUUUAAAAAUUUGAAUAUAUAGCUCAUCUUCGGCAGCAGUUCCGUCACUUCCCUUAUAAAAUCUGGCCCGUUUGAGUUUAUAAUUUUGGGAGACUGGUCGUAGUUAUCUCCGAACGAUUACUUUCGCCGGGUAAGUGUAAGGAAUAUGAGGGUCAUCUAUGUGUGAUUAGCCGUAGUAAUGGCGGUUUAAUUCAUGCCACCAUUGUGAAGCACCAGAUUCAGUGCCCUGAACCUGUUUUAGAAAUGUCACAAUGGCGUCCAUUUUGCCUGUGAUUUACCUGUGCUGGAACAAGAAGUUGUUUGCAUGGCGUCAAAACAUGACCGACAUCAAGACCCGGCGUCUGAUCACCUCUUCCAGGUUCGAGAUGUAUAAGUCGUGCAACUCAACAGCUUGAGGUACGCUCAGGCAUGGUCCGUAGUGGAAUUAAGCUGUCUACUGUAAUUUCUCACUACAUUGAUAGAAAUAAAAUGAAGGCUAACCAUAAUGAUCGUAAUUCUGAUCAGACCUUAAUUAAAUACUUUUUCGUGUAUUUAUUUUCAUCAAUCUCUCACUACAUGUCACUUUGUGAGGCUCAUUAUUUUUAUGCCUUGUACCAUAAUCCUUGUCAUGAAUGAAUAAAUAAUCAGAAUUCUUCUUAUAUUACUCGUCGAGGAGUAAUACCACUAGACCUUGUAACUAUCAGUCGCUACCACAUUUAAUAAAAACUCACUUCAUCUAAAUAGUUAAAUGUAAUUGUAGUUCCAAGAUGACUUCAAUUUUCACUGAGUAGUGGAAUAACGGUAUAUGUCUGAGCAGUUACAAAGAAAUUAAUUAGCCUUAAUCUGUAACUGCGUGGUAUUAAAUAAUGCCCUUCAGCUUAGUUAACUUUACGCAUGCCCUACUACAUUUUACUGAUGUCAGUGGAGAAUAACCGAGCUAGUAUUUGUAUUGUAGUGUUACGAAGGAGUUACCUUUUUCGAAAGUGCUACAAUUUGAUUUACCAAUGUAGGCCUAGCAAGAUUAUCGAUGGACAUUUUAUGGGAUCAUUUUGUUAGAAGUCAAUAAUAUUCCCUCGGUUGAGCCGUAGGUAAUGGCUCUUUUAGGACCUAGCUGCUGAGCGCUUUGUUAAUUAUCCUGACCUAUAGCGUCUAAUAUUUAACAAAUUUUGAACUAGAUUCUUCAAAUUUGGUUAGUAUCCAUAAAUACAAAAAGUCAGUAAACUUGGCAGUCAGUCAAUCAUAAUCACCUUCAGCCUGGGUCGUCAUAACAAUCGUCUGGGAUGGCAUUAGCAGGACAAAUAUCAAGAGUAAGGUAAUAGUAACACCAUUAAUUGUUAGAAACGUAUACAGAGUACUGUUGGGAAAGAGUUGAUUCGAGAAAUAAAAAUGCACAACACAGUACAUAAGCUGAAUACUUGACAGAAAUCAAUACCUUGCACCUCUGAUAGGUUCUUAGUUGUGUCGUGUAGCGUCUUAAUCAUGAACAAGGGUAUUUUUAUUGGUGUUAGAGGUCUGAGGGCAGCUGUCAUUUCUAGAGGAAACUGGAUUAUUGUUGAGCGUACCGACCUGAGGGUAUGAUUGAAGAGCCAAAGAGACAACUGCUUAAAGCAUUCGGCCUUUGUGGAAACUUUGUAAUAUGUUGGCCUCGUAUCUCAGAAGGGCUUACCGACGUAAACAAUCUGUGGGAUGAGGUGAAGUGUUACACCUUUAAGUCCAACCUCUAAUCCCUUAGUUUGUGGGCGGACCUCACUGCAGAUACCAGUUGUUUGAGGGGAACACUCUAUUGCUGUUAAACCUCACUAUAAUGAACAGUACGAGCUCGCUGUCGGACCAUAAAUUUUCUGCUUUAAGUCUUAUCGUCCUCCAACAGACCUGCAUGGUAUGGCAGAGUCUGAAGAAACAAGUAUUUCAAUCAGUAUUGCUCGACUGGAUCAUCGCGAACGGUAAACUCGAUCACCAUAGCAAAGUAGCAGCUAUGGUCGGGAGGAGUCUAUUAAACUACAGUUCGCUCCGUUAUACUGAGUAGUUGAAAACGUGAACUUUAAAAAUAGGGGAUGUUGUUAGUUUACUAGUAUUCGAUCAUCGGUGUCUACAAAACAUCAUUCGUGUAUUUUGAAACCUUCAAAUUAGCAGUUCUGAGGUUAGAUGUAGUGUACCAACCAAGUGUGACACUUAGGACGUAGUGAAUCCUUAUCGACUGCUAUGGUUGGAUGUAUUCGUAUGCUCAUCCACUGAUUACAUUGAGGCUGCCGCUACCUUGACGUUAUGGUCGGGCUUUUCUAUCGUGAUGAACCGAUCGAGCUAUACUGAUUGGGACAAUUGUUCCUCAAGGUCAUACCAUUCUAGGCACGUCGGUUGAAAAGCGGUAAGACUAAAGCCAACAAACCCUAGGUCCGAAAGUGAAGUCGCACUGCUGACUGUACAGAAAUGUAACAGGAGUUAAGGGUUUCCCUCGGACAACCAGCAUGACGGCGAUGAGCCUUCCCGCAAGAGAAGGGUGUGUUUGGAAAAAGUCGACCCUGAAAUCGCACACUUCGCCUUAUCCCACGGAUGUCCGUCUCUGGUAUUAAUAUCUCAACAAAUACAGUGCUAACACAAAAAGGUCAUGUGUGAUCGCCUUAAGCAGUUAUCCCUUGGACACUCAGGUCACUAAGACCAACUCUAGACCAGUUUCUUUUUCAGGUACCUUUAGAGGGACCCUUCUACAAUAUGGGCAACUGGGGAUUGCCAAGCACCCUCAUACCUCUAACAGCAUUAAUGAUUGAUGAUGGCUGGUUUAGGAGUAGACUGGAAAUAUUAGAAUGAUCAAACCAAAUAUGACAUCAGUCCGUAAAGAAACUAACUUUUGGAUUGAGACAUAUAAGAAGAUAGUGGUGAUUGUGUGGACCGCAACCAUCUUGUCUGUAUUUACCGACACGGUUCAGUCCAAGUUUUCUCCAAGCUUCCUACUCCUCACUCAACAUAGCGUCUCAAGGUAUGAGUUAGUUGCAGUACGUUAUACACAUUCUGGCCACAUCAGUUUGUUGAAGGUUCACUAUUUUUCAAUAGUUUUGGGACAUUUGACUUGUACCGCACGCCUGGUUUCGGUCAGUACCGAGCUUCUAAGAUAAGUUUUAUGAGCAGAAACUAAGUGGAUGUAAGUAUAUGGAUUACAAUUGUUAAUAGUUCAUUUUGUCGGUUUAUUCCAUUCUCAUUACCCCAUUUUCCCAUGUUAAAGCAAGAUGUAUAUUACAGUAAUAGCAUUCCUUGUUUGCAUGUAGCGUAUGCAUAUCAGUUUCCCAAUUCCUUGUGGUCUUGACAAGACGAGCAAAAUGAAUAUCCCGAAAUCCAGAUGUACUCAAGUCUUAAAUAUUGUCAAGUAAAUAGAUAUUGUAUAUGAUAUGCCAUCCAAAAAGUGCCUGAAGUAAAUUCAUCACAUUCAGUCCGUAUUCGGCUUUUCGUUGUUUCCGUUGCACAAACGAGGUUAAUCUAGGUGUAAUAUGUGGAGUUAAGUGAGAUUUUUAUUGAUGGCACAUUCAUACAUUUUUCAGAUCGGAGUCAGGUCAACGAGUAAAAAAACUGGGAAGGAGGUCUCUCCAGAAGUCAAAUACGCGUUGAAUUGUAUGGGUUUGUUUCAGACAUUCGUUUAUUUAGACAAACAUUAUGAAUGAGAAGCGGGUAAGUGAAGCGGGGUUGUCAAGUGUGCCAAUUCAAUUUGGCGAAGCGUGACUCAGUAUUUAUGGCCAGACAAAAAUAGUCUGAAGGCAUGUGAUGAUUAGGAAAAGCGAUACACAUACUCUCAUAAAAACAGUCAAGGUUAAUACAGGAAUAACUGACGAGAUCAAAAUGUGGCUCCAGAAGGAUGAAUAAAUUGGUCUGUCUGGAAGCUAGAAUAACCCGUGUGUGCUUGGCAUAGUACUAGACCUUAUAAUGUAAGUCGUUUGAACUGCGUGUGAUCGUGGCCGGUGGGAUCGUAGAUGAGCUAAAAAAUGAGCUUGUGUAGAAAAAUUUGUUCUAAUCCCUAGCUUAACAGUUCUUUCACAUUUGUUGGAUUUAAUAUUUCUUUUUGUUUUACAGCAUACUGCCGCAUCCGAAACAUCACAUGGUUCUAAAGUAUGUUUCCAUAAUCAUGCUUAUCUUUUUAGCUUAUCAAUUUAGCGGAUUCUGACCUUUCUGAAGAAGAGAAAAUCAAACUAAUGAUGGAGAGAUCCUCAGAGACUUACUCAGAGACCAAUUUUGCUGUACGAGCCAAGCCAUAUGGGGUCCCUCCGGCUGCUUAUGUUUGUCACAAAUGUAAUCAGCCAGGACAUUGGAUUCACAAUUGUCCUGGGGUACGUGAUAAGACCGGGAAAGUAAUGGAUGCCAAGUCAAUCAAAAGGCCGACAGGUAUUCCACAGGACUUUCUUCUGGAAGUUGCAGCUGGAACUCCAGGUGCAUAUUUAGGAAAAUCCGGGAAGUACAUGGUGCCUAUUAAAGACGCGUAAAUCAGUUGUUUUUGUAAUGAAAAUCUAUUUUAGUGAGGCAUAUGCCCAGGGCAAAAAGGAUAAAAGGCCGUUUUCUGUUGAAGAAAACCCUCCAUACGUUCCUCAGGAAAGAAAUCCUCCGAAGCAACUUGUGUGUCCGUUGUGUAAUAAGCUAUUCAGCGAUGCAGUUUUAGUAUCCUGUUGUGGAACAACCUAUUGUAACGAGUGCAUCAUGGGUCAUGUUUUUGAUUCUCAAGUUCUGGGUUCCCAUAAGUGUCCUAACUGUGAUGCGGUGCUGACAGACCAUGAGUCAAGUGUCUUUGAAAAUGCUCUUGUGCGAAGUUUGAUUCGUGACUGGCUUGCCGAUGAAUCUAAAAUAGUGGAUCCAGAAGUAGUUAUCCCCGGAGAUAUAUCAAAGUUCAAUGAAAACGAUACGACAUUCGUUAACUGUCGCCGCGUUCUGAAACCAAAACAAGCAACGGCCAACAUCCCUACACUCAAACUUGGAAGUACAACUGCAGUGGAAUCAAAUCAAGUUCAGAAUUCACUGAAGAUGCAACCAAUUGUUUCAGAAUCUAAUUCUAUUGUUAAAAAUGAACAUACUGAUUUACUUUUGAACUUACCCUCUGAAACAUCCCAGAGCACAAACUCUGUGACAUUUUCUACUCUUUCAUCUUUUGAUUAUGUUCGUGUUUCUGAAAUGACUACUUCUGUUGUAACGAACAAUACAAAUGCUACUGUGGUCACAAGUUCUCCUUGUACCACUAUGGUGGGAAAUAACAGACAGAAUCUGUUACCCACCACUUGUCUUUCAAACACACAAAUUCCUUGUUUGAGUUAUACUAGUUCUACUGCUGUAAUGCCUACUUUACUCCCAGGUGUUAAUGGUGGUGGUAAUCCUCUUCUUAAUGCGCUUUAUAGUAUACGGUUAGAUGACUUACAGGCUCCAUUGGUUGCUCCCUCUACUAUUUUGCCAGCCACUUACGGAUCGCUUGUUGGCGAUCCUGAGUGGACAGCUGAGACAGCUUUGGCUGCGUCAGCAGCUCAGAGUGCAGGUCUAGUUGAUCCAGUAAUACAAGUCAAUAAUAAUCAGGUCGCCUUCGGGCUAGUCCCUGGGCAGUCUAUCCCUGGCACGAUGCACACAGCUUUAUCCGCACCUGUUGAAACACUAAAUGGACACAAAAUGCUUUCAAAAGAAGAGUUCUAUCGGUUGAAAAUGGAAGUUCUCCAUUCAGCUCGUAGAAGGUAAACCAAUUUAAAUCUACUCAAAUGCGAUCGUUUAUUUAUUUAGGUUGUCAUGCCGUCCUCUUUCUUUAACAGUUGAAUCUCUUGACUUAAGGCAUCACCAGAUCCGUUCAUAUCAUGGGUUUUUGUAGCAAAGUAUUCAUUUUAUGGGUAAUCGAAGUACCGAUCUUCUUCUGAAAGAAUGUAUAAUUUAAUUCAUUAUGUCUCAAAUACCAAGUGUAGACUGAGGAGUUCCUGUCGUUUCUCGAACUUAACCUUAAGUAAUUAAUCUAUUCGAAAGAUUUAUUUGCGUUUCAGUAUGGAGGUAGUUUGUAAUCAUUCACAAUUUAGGAUAGUGAAUAUUCUGGGUAGAAAUACUGCCCCAUGAAAAGACAGCUACGUGGUUCAGCUGUCUUUUGUUUGUUUGACCUCAAUUUACCUCCAAGUCUGCGCUAGGCUCAAAAUAAGGUCUUUCACAUCCGAAGUAAAUGCAUGUAUUAGCAGUUAUAUAAAAAUGUAAAGGUCACACGUUCAUGGUUGUGAAUUCUCUUCAAAUUGAAGUUUACUUUUUAGGGCUUAAUUGAGGCUCCACCUUUUACGUUCAGCGUAGAUAGUAUUCAAGCUAAGUGUUUUGACUUUUUGAAGCUUCUGUUGGUGUUUAAUAUAUACUUUCAUAUUUCAUUUGAAUGUUGCUCAGUUUUAUGUCUGUACGACCGUAUGUGUUGGCUGUUGUUCAUUUGUUUGCCUUUGUUUCCAUUUCUCCAGUAAUAUGUAUAUAUGUAAAUGCUGUUAUCUUGUUUUAUUAUGGUGUGCAUUCCACUACAUUCAACGGGUCCACCUAACAGCAUGGUUGCCUUUUCUCUGCGUUAUUCAGUAUCUUAUUAAAAAAUUUGAUUUAUAGGCAUCGUCACCGCACCCAUUCACGUAGUCCUGGUUAUGUACAUCGAGCCGAACGAAUUUAUGGAGAUUCUUCGCACCAUCGACGUGGUUAUGAUAGAGAAGAGCGAGAGAAACGACCUCGAUACUAUUCACCUGUUAAUUACGAGAGUGAACGUAGUCGUUGCCGACACCGUUACGCUGAUGAAUAUGAAUCUCAUCGUGACAGAAGUGGGACUCACCGUCAUCACUACCGCCCUACUUUCUUUCAAGAUCUUGACGACCGGAGACGUCAUUAUUCACGAGGCCAUCCGCACAGUCCCGAACACCGGUCCAGGCGGUCACCAAGACAGUCACCAUCAAGUAAAGAUGAUUGGUAUGGGUACAAAGGUCGGGGAUGUAGCCUUUCUCCCAUCACACAUGAACCCUCAGAUCCACGCAGAUGUCGGGAACCACAUGUUGGUAGUGGACAUUAUGAUGAAUUUCUCGGUAGACGUAAAAGAAGGUAAGUCACGUUUUACGUUUUCCUAGAUUAGUCAUUCAGGGUCUCUAACCAUCUGUUGCUAUCAUAUCGCGGUCCUAAACCAGGUAGUCUACACCUACCAACAUGGCUCAGUUCACUUGUCAGUGACUUCAUGGACUUGUGCCAUGUUUUGGUCUGGCCGCCCCUAGCUUUCUUCCAAUUUACUCUUAUACCAUUGAACAUCGUCAGUUGAGGCAGUCGGAGAAAUUUAAACCAAAACGUAACAUCAGUUCAUGGGACCAUAGACUGCUGGACUGAUUUAUGCAGGUUGAUGUACGUUACUUGAUUGGGGUCCGCAUGUCGUUAGGACCUUUUAGUGAAAUGGCUCGAAAUCGUUCACAAUGAUGCAGGUGCAUCCACCCUUAAUCUUCCUUUAGUCUCUGAGUCUCAAAAUCUCGUCUUUCUCGUUUCUUUAGUUUUACACCUAAUCUUUUCUACUACUACCGAUAUUGUUUCUGCAUCUACUACUAUGAAAAUUUGUCUUAAUAAUUUUAUCGCUGUGAUAAUUUGAUGUCACAGCUUAAGCCAAUUCUCAUGUGUGAGUUUCUACGCUACUGAUGAUCACUGCCGGGAAGUAAAAACUACGUUUGUACCUUUGACACCACCCGAGAUCACCUUUUCCACUCCCGUAAUUAACCCACAAGUAUUUGCAGAGUAAUGGUAUAGCGUUUAAAGCGUCCGACUCUCCGCCGUCAAGUCUAAGAUUCUAUCCGGGCUCCAACUAUUUCUUUUUGAACGACAGGAUUAUAUCAUUAACACUUACAAUUUAAGCUCGACUCAUACCUAAGAAUCUAGUGAGCAAGCUAGCUUUUUUUAUUUUAUCGUCGGCCAUCACCCUUGCUAAUGAUUCAGGUCCACGAAAAGUCAUUCCUGGUUUCCUGAAACCGAUCUCUAAGCUACAUUUUAAAACUCAAUGUUCGAACUUCGUGUCAAAUCGAGAAAGUUUUCUUUAUUUAGUACUGGGAUUUCGUGCUUGUAACAUAUGCUCUGUCUCCCUUACCAAUCAGAAUUCUAGUUCUAAUUCCGUUUACUCUGUCUACUAUUUCUUGUAUAGCAUUAUGUCCCAGAAUUGAGCAUUGUACGCCUGAGCAGUAUCGUUGACCCUAUGUCGACACAGCCAAGCUCCUAUUAGUCUACUGUUUGCAAGCUUUUCUCUGAGUCCAAAGAGUCAACAGCCAACUUCUGUUAUUGCAUUUUAGAGAUACGUAGGUUUAUAUACAAUUUUGCAUAAACGAGCUGAAAGCGUCUGUGAACAGAGCAAUCUGGGAAAUAUAGAUUGACAUUAAAAUAGGAUUAAUAAGUAGCAUACAGAUAGUUGGUUAAACGGAAGCUUACAUAGUAAUCCAGUUACUUAUUGAUUCUACAACAAUAAAUUAAAUAUUAAAAAUCCGAAAACCAAUUCAAGCUUUUACGAUACUCAUUCCGUUAUGACAUAAAGAAAGACAUGAUCGACCUAACGACAAUCCACCAAUCAUCGUGAAAGAGACUCAAUGAAGGACUCACUCAUUUUGAAGCAGAUAUUUAAUUUCUGAUUAUUCUCUAGUUACUCACUACCUGUAAACAACCUGGACGAAAAAUUAACACAAGUCUUCCACACUUUUUGAGGUUGAGCAGACCAAAGCGAGGGAGAGCAGCUGUUCCUGAUGGAUAACCCGUCUGAUCGUUAAAAACAAUUAUCUUGUAUUAGUAGUUAAGUUGGCUAAGAUACUAACUAGUAUUUGGGAACUUCGCAUCUGACUGAUCUCGGAGGCUGAUCAUUCCAAUUUUUAAAGCAACACUUCAAUUUGUUGGUCAAGAGAUUCUGUGGCAAUGUCUGUCAUCGAAAGGUAUACCAAAGAAGUGCAUCUACCUUGAACAGGCUCUCUAUUCGUUGCCGGCUUCAUUUAUCUUGAUAUUCUCAUCAGUCCUGAUAGAUCUCGUCACCAGUUAGGAGAACUCGAUUGGUGUUUGCCAAUUCGUAUCACUUGUGACGUAUAUGAGAUGUCCACCUACCAAGUAAAGGGUUUGGAUACCGUUCAAUAUUGCACUCUGUUCUACUUUGUGGGUGUGAAACACCGCCAUUGUAAUAGAGAAUAUUCGUUGGUUACUAGUAUUCGACCAUAAAUAUUUUUUGAGGAGUUUAGUUGUGUGAGCUGAACGAUUUUAUUGUAGAGCUUUGACUGUUCUUCUGAAUAACGUCAUCUCCACGACCAAACCAUUUAGCUUAGAGGACGGAACAACCAAAAUUAUCCACCUAAGCAACGAACCUUCACCGUCUCAAAAAUUAUUGGUGUCUUUGAUACAUUGCUCGUGUAUUUUGGGACCAACGAUCAGGAAGUGUUUGGGUUCGAAAAUGGAGAAGGAAAAUCGAUCGAUGACCUAGUCAAUCUGGAUUGACUGAAAUUGUUAUAACGUUCAUUACGUAUGCCUGAUUACUGUUUACUCCCUCAUCUUUUCUAUUUCUUCUGGCGGUGGACUUGAUGAUGCAAAACUCCACAUCUGGGCAGAGGCACAGAAUAAAAUGGACAGGUUUUGGACUUCGCUGAUGACCUAAUACUAGCUGAAACUUAGAGGACCACUACAACCAUAAUCGAGAACGUACAAUUAUUUACAGACAAAUAUCUACAUGAGAUGCUCCAGAUCCGUUGGCCGGAUAACAUCAGUGACCACCUACUGUGAGAGAGAACAAACCAGUUUCGAACUGAAGAGUAAAUUAGAAAAUGACGUUGUAAGUGGAUAGGACAUACAUUGAGGGAAUCAUCAAAGUGAUUCACGACGCAAGCCCAAACUUGUAAUGGUGAAGGGAAAAUGAGAAGUGAAAGACUACUUAACACAUUCGUCGGCAAUGGUAGGUAGACAUGAGUAGGAUGAAUAGCAGCUGGAGAGGAGAGCCCAUGAGCAAGUUUGAUGGAGAAUGCUGGUUGGUGGUCUAUGGUCCUGGACGAGUGGUAGGAGGUGUAAGUAGGUAUAAGACAGAAGAGGUUGGUCAUAUGCGAACUCCAAAUCAUCUAGUCGCAUUCAAGCUGUCCAUUGUAUUCCAUACUUUCCCACUCUGCUUUUCCGAACCCUAACCUCAAUGUUUAGUUUCUUACAUCGUUCCGGUCUCUUACUAUACGUCUUGUUUAUUUCACAUUGUCGUGUUAGUUCUGUAUAACAAAGUUGUGCGAGCUCAUAUGUUUUGGGUUCUAUCUUGGAGACGACGCACUAACAGUAAUUUAGAGUUUGCUUUGUUUUACAGUAUUUUCCAACCUCCACCAUCAGUCCCUUGAGAUAAUAAAUUACUCUGAAAAUUUAGCUUCCUAUAAGCAGUGAGAACCAUCACAGUAUAUCAGUCUUGUGUCUUCAUUCAACCUCUCUUGUAGAGAAUAUAUCUCUGAUAGCGCUAUUUAGUGGUAUAUCUGUGUUGAUGUGUGUUAACUAUUUCUUGAUACUGCGAAAACUUGAUAUGAGUUGUCCACUCUCCCUCAUUAUAAGGAAUCAGAUAUAGACUGUAUUUGAUUUCUUUUUUCUGUUCACGUUGAACUCGGUAAAGUCUUAUGUUACAGAAGUUUUAACAAAGCUUUGGGAUCAUAAAGUUUCACUCAUGCCUUUCCUGUGCAUGAUAUACCGAUGAUAUGUGACCAGUUAUUCAUCUUAUGGAUUAAAAUACUGUUUCUUAUCAGACCGAUUACUUUAUGUUUAGAACAUUCGACGUUCAACUAACUGCUUGGGCGUUCAGACUUCAAUCUACAUACUUUGUUUUAAAUAUCUCAUUUACAAUAUUAUAGUUAUCUACACGAAUCCAUAUUCGUUGGAUAAGAUUAAAAAGAUUUCGUAUAGGGUUUUUGACAUUAUUUCGAUAGUGCUUGUGCACCAUACUAUCCAUUUCCUGUACUUACCAUGUCGUUUUUAGUGUAUAAUAAUCCUCACUUUGUAAUCCGUCAUGUGGCUCAGUUGUAUGAAUAUCUUAUUCUUGUUAAUAUUUUCGAAAUAUAGUGUUCAGUUUUCGAUUAUGUUCUUAUCACUUGAAGUUUUCAAAUCAGUCGUAUAAACAAAAUACAGAAGUUCAGUUCUCCAACCGACUUAAUAUAAUGUAAGACAUCUGGUAACUAACUCGGAUGUUCCUCGUUUCAUCAUCUCAACGUUCUUUACUCCUGUCACUUCUAACUCGUUACUCGUUUGUCUGUUGUCACCAGAAAUUUAUUUGGAGUAAAACGAAGCAUAAUAAUCCAAAUACUUACAUACGCCUAUUUACUAGUUUUUGUUCACGAAACAUGUCUUAGAAGUUUGAUACUAACCAAGAUUAGGCGUGCGGUACUAGUCAAUUAUCCCAAAUCGAUUGAAAAGUUGUCAAUUUCAUCAACUGUGGUGGUCGGGACGUGUAUUAAGUGCCUCAACCGCUUACCUUUGUUAAGUCUUGAGUUUAAUUUUUGGUUCGUACCUUAUGAUCUAUCGAAUUCAUCCUCUCGUUUCACACAGCUGUUUAACGUUUCUAAUGAUUAUCGAUACCUGCCAUUACUUGAACUCGUGCUAUUUAUCUUAAUUUUAUCAUAUAGGCCUAAUGUGUUAUUGCAUCUUAAGCUAAUAGUCAAAGCUAGGUAACCUGUCUCAGAAUCGUUUGAAAUGUCUCAGGUGUAUCCACUCUUUGUGUUCCCUUACAUCUCGGGUUUUAAAAAUAUUUUAUACUUUUUAUUCUGUAAAUUCAUCCUUUACAUAUUUUAUCUUCUGUCCCUAAUUUUUUUUACUACUAUUCAUCCUGUUGCUGUUUUACUGUGUCAUCUUUUUCAUGUCUGUGCUGAUGUAGUGUGUUGACUUGGACUAAUGUAAAUACGUGUCAGUCGCUACGUUGUUUAUAAUUAACUACAUCGGUUAAAAUUUAUCGUAUGCAUAAUUUGCAUUCGGAAUUUUUUGUUUCAGAUCUUAUCGUUUACUCAGUUAUUUGAGAUUUUACUUUUAAAUUGUCUCAAGUAGUUGACUACUGUUCAGAUUCACCGAAAUUCGUUCAAACAACAAGAACUUUGCGUUUUUCCUGUCAAUUGAAUAUACUGUGUAUGCAUAACAUUUUGUGUUUUCAUACACGUUUUCCUUUGUUUACUUGAAGCAAGCAGGAACAAAGAACUAAACAGUAACAUAUAUUCAUCUGUCGCAUCACAUUCCUAUUGGCUACAGAAGCAAAAUUACAAAUUAGGUUGGAAGUUUUGAUAUAUGACCAGUGAAAACAUGUGAUUGGGCUUCGAGCAAAGAUAAACAAAUACUGAGCUUACUGAUAUAUGAAUUCCUUUUUAUUAUUGAUUUUUACUCCAGACGUGAUAUGUAUGGGGAAUAGUGGUUGUAUUGGAUAAAUCUAUUGUCUAAGUUGUACUAUGGUUCUCUAUUCUUAGUCGAGAAUCGUAUACAUAAUAUAAUGUGGUCCUCAGUCUUUGCAUAGCGUAUCGAUCGAGUAUCCAGUUUACUCGUAAUAUAAUUUGUACAUAGAUCGUAUUAUAUUAUCUGUGGCAUACAGAAAAUGUAAUGUCAAAGUUAAUACAAACACAUCUAUACAGCAUAGCAAACAUGCAAAUAAAAAUAAGUGUCUAAGUAAUAUAUUGCAAAUAUAUAUCAUGUACAGUGACAUUAAUUCAGUAGCAAAGGACAAAAAAGCUAGGAAUAAGUGGUUGUGCAAUGAAAAAGCACUACUGACAAUUAACAAUAACUUAUUGUUCUGUGGUUUCAUCUGUGUGAUCAUGUCAACAAAUACGAUGGCAGUCCAGCACUGUAUACUGAACACUACGAGAUGGGUGUAAUUUUGUAGUUCUUUUGCAUAUUCAGUAUACAAAUAAUAUAAAAAUUUACUAACUGACUACAGGUGAUAUAAUGGAUAAUUCUCUCGUCCUCAACUUUGUUUUAUAUAACAUCAUAUGUUUAUAUGCGUUCAUCCACUCGGCUAAUUUAAUUUCAAUCACACUUGUGGGUUUGUUUUGUUUCAAGUUUCCUCAUAUUUACCCAUUCUAUCAUAAUAUAGAGUUUCUUUUUUAAUUGCAGUCGAACACCCAUGUCUGUUGUCCCUCAGUAUGAUGUCUCUGAUCCGGAAUCUAUUGGACCUAGAAAUCCUUCUCUGCCAAGAGAUACAUCUCAGAGGCAGUUUGAUAUACCUGGACCAAAUCAAAUAUUAGAUAAUUUCAAUCGUGUUUCACAUAAUUUAUCAUGUGAAACGUUUUCUGGUGACUCAACAAAACAAUCCCCCAUUUCUCUGAAUCCUAAUAAUGAUCUCAUCUGUAAAGAUGAAUGCUUAAUAGGACACUCUGUUGUCAGUAGAAUUAUUAGUAAUGAUGAAUCAUUUGUACCUCACAGAAAGAAGGUUAAAGUUAAGAAGGAGAAAAAGCAUAAGAAGCAUAAACACAAACAUUCUGACAAAAGGGCUUGUACUCAACUCGACGAUUCAACUAAUCAACUAUUUAUGAAUCCAGGUGACACAGUAUCUUGUUCUAAUAUUGAUGUAUCUGAUAAGAAGCAUGCAAAGAAACACAAGAAACAUAAGAAACAUAAACAUGGAAAUAAAGAAGACAAGAAACAAGUUAACUCAGAUGUAAAUUCAUCAGUACAAUGUAUAAGUCUAGAUAAAAUCAAUGUAAAUGAGCUUAGCUAAUAAACUCUUCUAGUUCUUUCCAUGUACAUAGGUUUUGAAGAACAUGUAUAUAAUGUCUAGAUUAUAAUGAUCAAGUUUACGAAUUUACUGGACUUCAUAAUUUUAAAUAAAUUAUUUUUUAUCAUGAAUAAAGUGUUAUUCUUUCAUAAAGUCGUUUUGUGUACCCAUAACCUUAAAAAGUAAAGAAGGAUGAAUAACUUUUAUUGGCAAUAUUAGUUGUGAUUGUUUUGAAGUUUACUACAAUAAACUUCGGAUUUUAAAAUAUUUUUUAUAUGAGAAGCAAUAAUUUAACUCAUUCACCGGGUGGUUGUAAAUGAGCCACACUCCAAGUGUGAGGUCUAUUGACACUAGCUGGUUGCCUAAACUGAAGUAGGUUGAGAUAUUAAAGAGGAAGAAUGUAUUUGUAAAAUCUCAGCGAAUGACUUUGAAGUAGGUUGAGCCUAGUUGGAACUUGAGACUUGACGUCUGGAAUUCGACUGCCUUAACUACCAAGUUGCUGCUCGUCGAUUGUCAUAUGAACAAUAGUCUAUUUACCAUAAUCUUGGAUGUUCUUGUUUCGUAAUCUCCGUAUAAUAAUAUGUGAUAUCUGAUUUAUGUGCGUCCUGGUUAGUUUUGUGAUGAGAAUUAGUAACGUUAACCUUUUCCGUCAGUUUCACUUUUGUUUCUGAAAACUUCAUGGAAGCGAAAUGCCUUAUUGUGAAAAAGCGUAGAUACUUCAAACGACUAGUUAGUAUUUUGUUUACUGAAUCAAUAUUAACAACAUACAUCUAUUAACCGAUCCCCUCUCGUUGUUGUUACAACCACUAUUGUAGGAAACAAUUUCCCACAGAUUCAACUCUAAGCUAAUCUCUAGACUGUCGAGUACAGAGUCUUGGUUUAGCCAAAGUCAGAACAAGUAAGCUAUUUGGCUAUAUAAACUUUAUCUUUUCUGAAACAUAAAUUAACAUCGUUAGCGUACAAACAAACAGUACGGUCUAUUAAUGCAGAGAAAAACAGAGACAAAUAACAUACCGAACAGUAGCUAGAGAAUAGGAAAAAUGAGUCAACAAGCCAAAAUUGUUUUACAAUGAACAUUAAACUGUGAUUGGUUAAUAAAGAGAUACAGUCGUACAAGGUCAAAAGGAGUUGAUGUGGUGGUGGGCGUUUCCCUUAUUAUUGGUGGGUUCGUCUAUCAAUCACAUUUUACACUCCCCCCGAAACGCACACCACGUCCGUUGUCCAGGGUCGUCGUCGCCGUCAGACAGCCGGCUCCUUCUAGUAGACAUAAGCGUCGUACGUCCCGAGCAGUUUCUUCG